AUGCCUUUCUGCAUUUCUUAUUCGCAUACUCUUUUUUCCACUGAAUUUAUAUAUGAAGACAAAAGCUAUAAAACUUGUGCUAGAUGUAUGACUAACAAAGCUAUCAAAAAAGAUAAUUUAGAUGAAAAAACCAUAAUCAAAGCAAUUUUUAUUCAAGAUAUUAGUGAUUAUAUCACUAAUGCAAUAGCAAAUUUAGAAUAUUGUUUAGAACUUUCUCUUAUCUUUCAUAUUCAGCUUGAUGAGAUUACACUUGGUAUUGUAAGUACAGAUGUCAAAGCAAUGACUAUAUUAAUAAUCAAUGAAAUUGAGAAUGCAGCAAAAGCUAAAGUAAUUUUAAAACACAAAAUGAUACAUAAGAAAUCUGAUGAUAUUGCAGUAUCAUUAGAAAUAAAACAAGAAAUUGAAAGAAAUUUAAACCUAAAUCUAGUAGACUUACAAACUCACCUUCAUAUAACACAAUAUACAGAAGUACAUUGUGAUGCUACUUAUAAAACUGCUAAAGGUCAAUUCGAACUUUAUAGAAUUGUUGGUAAUAUAGAAGGUGCAGGUUAG